ACUAAAUUUUCACUAAGGGGAUCCAUGCCACAUAGACUGAUGAUGAUCAUCAGUCAUGCCGGAUACAAUUACUCAUUUCAAUAUGGCUCUCUUCACUGGCACUUUUCACCCCUUCACUUAUUCUUACUUGGAAGUUGGAACAUUGGCACCGGCUUUAUUCUCCUCCUUAACUCCAUUAAACCGGUUUCGCCCCCCCGUCAAGCAAAGACCACUAAUUAAAGACAGUUCUCCGAAUCCAUCUGUAUAGACGGCCCAAAUGGCAGCCUCAGGAACCAGCUCCACCGCCGGUGCACCCUCGGUUAGCCACCACGACGCUUUCAGAGCAUUGUUAAAUCGAAGGAAAGGUCAUUUACCUCAAGUCCUUGUCGAGUACUUGGGACGCCCGCAAGGGGACCAUCUGGGGCACAUAGACGUCGACGGCAACACAGUUCUCCAUUUUCUGGCCAUCGACGGCGAUGAAUCCGCCUUCAAAGAACUCUCCGAAAAGGGCCUGAUAACGAGCGAAAUGCAGAGGAUAGGAAACUUCAGGGGCAACACGGCGCUGCACGAAGCCGCCAGGUUUGGGCACCUCAGUGUCGUCAAAAUCAUGUUGGAGAAGGAAGAAGGCUUGGCUUUGGCACGCAACAACUUGGGCGAGACGCCGCUUUACGUUGCCGUUGCAGCCGGUAAGAAAGAUGUGUAUGAUUUUGUGAAGCAGAAACUAGUAGGCAAGGAAAACGAUGUGACGAGGAGAAACGACGGCAGCUCUCUUCUCCACGCUGCCGUGGUCGCAGAAUAUUAUGAUCUGGCUUUGGAGAUAGUGAAAUCAUUUCCUCGUCUUGUAGGAGCACACGAUGAGAAAGGAAUAACUGCAAUGAGUGUGCUAGCCAGCAAGCCGCUUUCCUUCAAAAGUGGGUCCGCGUAUUCGUUCAUAAAUCUUGGCAGUAGAUCUUUUAUUCCCGUACAGCUCAUUCGCUGUUUGAUCUAUCUUUGCAUUAUUCCACCAAUGGAUCAGAGAGCAAUUCCCACAGGAGACGAGGAGAAUCCACCUCGUAAAAAUUGUUCAUUUCUCCCACAACCAAUGACGGAACUAAAAUGGAAACUAAUAUCAGGGUACAGAUGGAUUCUUAGAAGAGUUUCCAUUUUAAUCAGAGGAGUGGAUGACAUAAAACAAAAGCACACAUUGGCAAUAUUGCUAGCCAAAAGGCUAAUUGCAAAAGAAACUGAUUGGAGCCAUUACACGUAUGGUGAAAGUUCAACCGAACCCUGGAAAAAUCAAGCACAAACCGAUCACUCAGUUCCUCUGCACCCUAUUGAACGCCGCCCUAAUUUGCAUUUUGCUGCAGUUACUACUGCUAGCUCACCUAGAAAUAAUAGAAUGAGAAAUCCGCUAAUUCAAGCUGUGGAGAACAGCAUUGAAGAGCUGGUUGAAGCAAUACUAGAAAGAUUCCCAGAUGCAGCCUACACUGUUGACAGGAAUGGAAAGAAUAUACUGCAUAUAGCAGUGGAGCAGAAAGAUAAACUGUUAUACGACUACUUGAAGACAAAAGUUCGCAAGGAUAUGAUGCUGAGAGCCAUUGACAACCGAGGAAACACCAUUCUGCAUCUUGCAACAAAUGAAGGAACUAGUCCUAGGAUUCUUCUCGGACAUUUGAACCAGAUGGCAUGGGAUGUAUGUUGGUUUAAGCGGAUAUGGUAUGAUUCUUGCUGUCAUUUUCAAUACCAUCGUAACUUAGAUGGGAAGACCGCAAGGGAAAUAUUUCAAGAAAAGCAUGUCACCCUGCGGGAAAAUGCCGAGAAGGCACUCAAAGAUAUGAACAAUGGGCUAAUGUUGGUUUCUACUCUCAUCGGCACUGUCAACUAUGCGACAUUGUUUAGCAUCCCUGGGGGUUAUGUUGACGAUAAUGAAAGUAAAAGCUUUGGUCGUCCAAAAUUUUUUAGCACCAAAAAAGAAGAUCAACUUUUGGUAUUUCUAUGGUACACUGGGGUAGCUCUAUUUUCCUCCGUAAUUGCAUUGGCAAGCAUGCUUGUGAUUCAGCUGUCCAGGUUUACUGACGACGACUUCUUCAUGACCUUGCCGCUUAAAUACGUUGGUGCUUUGGCUGCUCUAUUUAUCUCUGCCAUCUUCACAGUUGCAGCUUGUGUUGAGACCUACCUUAUUAUUGAAAUAAAUGUAAAUCCAUACUAUCUAAUGUGGCCACUCGUAGGCUUCCUAAUCCUUAUUUCUAUAGACGUGGUCUACUUGACCUUUGAUUACAUGUAUUUUGCUAUUCGUUGUGCCUUUUCAUUUACCGGCCAGGAAAUGUAACACCUACUCCUCCAAAUCUUUUUGGUUUUCUUUA